AUGAAGAGUUGCUUUGCUAUUCCAGACUGGGCCAUUCUGAUUUUGAUCUCGGCUUUGCCAUUAGUAGAGCUCCGGGGAGGUGUGCCAGUGGGUCUCUGGAUGGGACUCGCUGUGCCGCAGGUAAUGCUGCUCUGCAUUGUGGGCAACAUGAUACCGAUCCCGUUGAUUCUAGCAGCACUUAGGAUAGAUCAAAUCAAGCAAUUGCUGUCACCGCUGCUAAAACGUGCAGCGCAGAAGACAGAACCCAUUGGAGCCCACGAUAGGUGGGUUGGAGUUGCAGCGUUCGUCGGCGUACCCUUGCCAGGGACUGGAGCAUGGACUGGAGCUAUGGUUCGAACCCUGGCAUGUGGUUGCACUUGA